UCAACAUUGGCGGUAAGAAACACUCGGCUUAUUUAUCUAACGUGCAGUUUUUUUAUUAAUAUACUGUAACAAAAUGCGCUUUUAUGAAUGUUUUUAUGCUUUCUGGACAGAUUUCUGUAUGAUACAGCUUCUAAUCGAUGCUUUAUUUUCCUAAGAGAUCAUGAAUGUGAUGUUACAAAACUGCUGUAUUCAAAACACACCAGUAGGACCUAUUAAUGUUUACAAAUGUCCCAGAGCGGGUCUGAGAGUGACAUUUGGGACGAUAAACCUCUUAAGAAAAACAAAAAACGAAGCUGCAAUUCACAGGAAUCAAGACAACAUGUGACAAAGAGGAAGAAGAAGAGCAAGCCUGGGACAUCAGUGCAAACAACAGUCAAAAGUGCUGAAACACACACUGAUUUAGACCACAAGAUUGGAUGUAAUGCUCCUAAUAACACAGUGAACUCAGGAUCCCAGGAUGUGAAUCAUGGGACAGUUUCUCGGGAUGUCCCCAAUGCAGACCUUCAGUCAGGAGGUUUCUGUCCUGUCUGUCAAAUGCCAUUUUCCAUCCUGGUUGUCCAGUCUCAACAAUGGCAUGUUGCAGAAUGCUUAGAUACAGCUGCUGACAACUGUAAAGAAUGCCCAGAUGGUCUUCAGUGUAUGUCCACCAUUCCCAGUCAUUAUAAAAGAUACAACCACUCUCUGCUGGCACAGAGUCGAGCGCUGAACGACUGCUCAGUCCAAGCCAUCUCAGACUUCAGCUUGAAUUCGGUAAAUAAUGUCGCUUCCACAUCUGUUACGGAGAGUUCAUUAGACAGCGCUGUGAAUGUAUCUGCUUCAUCUAGCCAAAGUUCGUCUCCUGGUGAUAGACUGAAGGGAACUCCCACCAAAACCAAUGCCUUGCUGCUUUUGCGUUCCCCCAACACCGGGGAUAUCAAGAAAAAGAAAGGCUGGUCACCUUCAGUCAAAAGAUCUCAGUCACAGAGUUCUUCCCAGGAGGCCAAAGUCAAGAUUUCUGCUCCAGGUGAAAAAGUUCAGACGCAGCCUAAUGAGGUUAGAAAAGAGCUGUUUGAAUGCAAAGAUGAUGACGAUUAUAUCUCUUACUCCCCACUUUCUGAGCUUCCAGAAGUGGAUGAGGAGCACAGGGUGAAAAAAUCCAAAAAUGAGGUACUUUUUCAUAGUACUGCAUUGCAGGAGGAUGAUGAUUCUCUUACUCUUUUCAGUGAUGAUGAUGAUCUGUUCUAUGAUAUGAUGGACCAGUAUGAGGAACAUGGGCCAGACAAAAGCUCAUUAGACACCUGUGGGAAACGGCAAACAUCAUUAGCACCAGAAAGUCACCUGACUGCUUCCAGUUCCACAGGUGUUUCAUUUCAACACUUCUCAACAAACAACAACAGUUCAAACUCCCAGCUACAGUCACCCCAAAGCUUGGUAUUAGAGCGUCUUCGGGACCGCAUAUCUACUCCUGCACAUGUCAAGAGCUUGACUUCAUCUUUUGAGGAAGUUAACUUCACUCAAACAAACCAAGAGUCGUCUUCCACCCAAUCAGAUCUAUCCACAACACAGUCGAUGGCUCCUAGGAGGACUCAGACAAAGGCAGGACCCUCUGGAUUGAAACAAACAGACAUUGGGGUGUUUUUUGGCCUGAAGCCAUUGUGCGAAAAAAAGGCUGAGGAGGAAGUAAAGGCAUUGGUCAGAGAGGCCGAUCGGCAAGAGUCUAGAAGAGUGAGGGUUUCAGAGGCUCAGGGGGAAGACGGUAAGGGUCAGGGUAGAUGGCGUAGGAAGAGCAAAGCUCCAUCUGAAGGGUCCGGUGUCUCGCCUGCUGUAGAAGAUAGUGUGGCUUUGCCCACGCAAACAGAAGGAAAGAGAGGAGGGAGGGCAGAGGGGCGGAAAAGAUGGAACAGAGGAAGAGCGACAGAUGGAGGUCCCGAGGAGCCCAAACGCUGUCCAUUCUACAAGAAAAUUCCUGGAACUGGCUUUGCUGUGGAUGCUUUUCAGUAUGGCGUUGUUGAUGGUGUCACAGCCUACUUUCUCACUCACUUCCACUCUGAUCACUAUGGAGGCUUGAAGAAAGACUCUGCUCUCCCUAUCUACUGUAACAAAGUGACUAGUAACCUGGUGAAGAGCAAGCUGAAGGUGGAUGAGCAGUAUAUUCAUGUUCUUCCAAUGAACACAGAAUGCAUAGUUCAAGAGGUGAAGGUCACUCUCCUGGAUGCCAACCACUGUCCUGGGGCAGCCAUGUUGCUUUUUGUGCUGCCAGAUGGCCAGACGGUGCUCCACACAGGUGACUUCCGGGCUGAUCCGUCCAUGGAGCGCUACCCAGAGCUGCAGGGUCUCAGGAUACAGACCCUCUAUCUGGACACAACGUACUGCAGUCCAGAGUAUACCUUUCCAACCCAACAGGAAGUCGUCACUUUUGCCGUAAACGCAGCUUUCGAACGGGUCACUCUAAACCCUCGUACACUUGUGGUGUGUGGCACGUACUCCGUUGGGAAAGAGAAGGUCUUUCUAGCUGUAUCAGAAGUGUUAGGCUCUAAAGUAUGUUUGUCCAAGGAUAAGUACAACACUAUGUGCUGCCUGGAGUCUGUGGAUAUUGGCCAGCGCAUCACUACGAAUUGGCAGUCGGCCCAAGUGCAUGUGCUUCCUAUGAUGCAGAUCAAUUUCAAAAAUCUUCAAACACACUUAAAGAAGUUCUCCAAGAAGUAUGAUCGGCUAGUGGCCUUCAAACCCACAGGCUGGACCUUCAAUCAGACCGUGGGAGUGGACGACAUUCUACCUCAGACUCAGGGGAAUAUCAGCAUUUAUGGUAUUCCUUACAGCGAGCACAGCAGUUUCCUAGAGCUGAAGCGAUUUGUUCAGUGGCUGCGGCCGAAAAAGAUCAUCCCCACGGUGAAUGUGGGCAAUUGGAGGAGCAGGAAAGCCAUGGAGGGCUUCUUCCAUGAGUGGAUGACUGAACCCAGAAACCUCAGCUCAACACCAUGCACCCUCAGAAGCUCAAGCUGUGGAACAAGGCAAUAAGUAAACUGACAACCACAAUGAAAUCUACUGACCACAGUUAAUGGUGCCUUUGAUUGAUUGGAUCUGUUUUAUUCAGUGGACCAAAUGUGGGUUUUGGCAUCUGCCUUAUAUUUGAAAACAACAUGACUUCUAAUCUGCCUUUCAAAUGCAAUGGUUUAAUGGUUACAAGUGUUGACUUAUACUAUUGAUUAUUUUCUACUUGCCAGUAAUGCUGAAAUGGACCACAUAUGCUCUCAUUUUGAGCAUUUUUUUAAUCUGAUGGUUUUAUACGUGUUUAAUAACAUAAAUAAAUAAAUAAAUUCAAA